AUGGCUGUGUUGCUGAUGGGCACUGGGGCCAACGAUUGUGUGUGCAAUGGAAAGUCGAGAUGCCACUGUGCAGGAGUGAAAGGCAGCAGGGGUGACAAAGGUUUCCCAGGACUUCCAGGUCCUCCGGGGUCUGGAGGUCGUCCAGGACCAGAUGGUCAUGCUGGGCCUUCAGGACCAAAGGGUAAAACUGGGCCCAAUGGACUUGUGGGGCCCAAAGGCGAUCCGGGACCUGAAGGAAAAGAAGGGUUUGCUGGGUCUCAUGGUUUACCGGGUAUCCCAGGUUUACAAGGGCUUCCUGGCCUCACAGGGGCUCCAGGCUGCAAUGGAACAGAUGGAGACGAUGGACUUCCUGGUUUACCCGGGGUUAAUGGCAAUGAUGGAUAUUCAGGUCCACCCGGUCUGCCUGGACCUAAGGGUGAAUCUUGGGGAUCAAUAAACGCACCACCAGGUACACCUGGGCAUCCUGGAAGGGGCGGAAAGCCGGGAAGUCCAGGGUACCCUGGAGAUCAGGGACAAAGAGGGGACCAUGGACCUUGGGGCUCUAUCGGGAUUCCUGGUCGUGCUGGGGCUCCAGGAUCUAAGGGUCAAGAAGGCAUUGGCGGUAUCCUAGGACCUCGAGGACCAAGGGGGAGACAAGGACCAAGAGGCCCGCCGGGUCCACCGGGUCCGAUGAACAGUUUUCAAACAGGGACUCUGGUGUUGAAGGGUGAAAGAGGAGUCAUUGGAGAUGUAGGAGAAAAGGGCUGCAAGGGUGCGCCAGGGGACCCUAGUGAUGGUUAUAACACCAAAGGAGAAAAGGGAGACAAAGGACUGCAGGGUCCAGAAGGAAAGAAAGGGAAGGAUGGUGAACCAGGACAAACAUAUGUGGGAAGGCCUGGCCGUGGAGGGCUUCUGGGAUAUCCAGGGACAGCAGGAGAGAUGGGUGAAAAGGGAGAAAGGGGUCCCCCUGGCCAACCUGGAGAUGUAUUUGGGCCUGAGCCACUGAAAGGAUACCGCGGAGAUCCUGGUUUCCCAGGCUUUCCCGGGCCACCUGGGCGUCAAGGUAUUGAAGGGUUUCCUGGACCUGAUGGUCCUCCAGGCCAUUCAUCUGGGAUAAAUGUGCCAUGCCCACGUGGUCCUAAUGGCUUUCCGGGCUCCAAAGGGCACCCUGGGGAGCCUGGGGAUAUUUAUCUAGGACCUUCAGGUCUAGAUGGGGAUGAUGGUGAUCCAGGGCCUCCCGGGGAUCCGGGCCCACCUGGACAACCUGAAGACAGUGCUAAAAGGCUAACCAACGGUCCCCCAGGAAUGAAAGGGGUGCCGGGUAAACCUGGACCUAUGGGAUAUGAUGGAACAUAUGGAAUGAAAGGAAUUAAAGGGGAGCCCUGUUAUGACUGUCUUGGAUCAGGAAUCCCUGGACCACCAGGUCCCCGGGGCCUACCUGGCCUCCCUGGAUAUAACACAGGACCAGGUGCCAAAGGUGAUCCAGGUUUUUCAGGGCUUGUUGGCUUACCAGGAGUACAAGGUCCUAUGGGUCAAAUGGGAUUUCCAGGCCCUCAAGGACAAAGAGGAGACUCAUAUUCAUACAACACUCCUGGGAUAAAGGGAGCAAAAGGAGACCCGGGAUACCCUGGCAGACCUGGUGCAUAUGCACUCCCUGGAUUUCCUGGACAACCAGGUCGCAGAGGCGAACCAGGUCCCCCAGGGGAUUCGUAUCCCUUCCAUGGUGCAGAGGGAGACCAAGGUUUCCCAGGUCCACCAGGUUUUUUAGGCAUACCAGGACCUGUUGGCUACCCUGGGCCAGUGGGAUACGGACCUAGUGGACUUCCAGGAAGUCCGGGAGAUGUUGGUGUACCUGGUCUGCCCGGACAAGCUGGAACUCCAGGCCAGAAAGGCGAACCCAGCCAGAUCCACCCCAUAAGACUUCCUGGACCGCCUGGAUUUCAGGGUCUGCCUGGUCCCCCCGGAAUCCCAGGUCAUCACGGAGCGCCAGGUAUCCCAGGACUACCAGGUUUUCCGGGAAACAAAGGAGAAAGUGGUGAGGUGUUUCCUGGAAUGCCAGGGAUCCGAGGACAGAAAGGUGACAAGGGGCAGCCAGGUCCCGCUGGUGUUUCAACUCUUGGCGAUAUUGGUCGGCAAGGUUCACCAGGCCCUCCUGGUCGUGCAGGAAUGAAGGGUGAUGGUGUCCCUGGAUACUCUGGCACCCCAGGAGCACCAGGGACACCAGGGGAAGAAGGAGCUCAGGGGCCUGUGGGAGAUCCUGGGAUCCCUGGCCUACCUGGGAACCCAGGACCAAAUGGCAAUCGUGGUUUUAAAGGACAAAAAGGAAGUAAAGGUUAUAUUGGGCCCCUUGGACCUCCUGGUAAUCAAGGUUCAUGUAAAAGUGAUUUUCCUGGUCCAAAGGGAACUCAAGGACCAGACGGUUAUCCAGGAAAUCCAGGAUCUAAUGGUCCGCCGGGGGAGAAAGGGAACCCUGGAGUGACGGGGAUUGGUCCUUUUGGCGCACCCGGUGAACCUGGCUUAAUUGGGCCAUCAGUGCUAGGUCUAAGUGGGCUUCGUGGACACAAAGGGAUCAAGGGACGACAUGGCAUCCCCGGUCAACCAGGAAUGAGAGGAGAUCCUGGACCAGACGGGUUACCAGGGUAUGGACCAGAAGGGCUCCCUGGAAUUAUCGGUGCACCAGGCCAAAUAGGUUCCCCUGGCCGACAUGGGGCAAGAGGUCCGCCAGGUCCACCAGGCAUGAACGGUGAACCAGGUCUUAGAGGUCCUCCAGGCACUUCAGCAUCACAAAAUGUUAUUGCUUCGGGGCCCCCAGGGGACCCAGGCAAUAUGGGUUACUCUGGUCUAUGUGGAGUCCAUGGAGAUCCUGGAAGUAUUGGACCCAAAGGGCAGAAAGGGAUAGGUCGAGCACCAGGGCUUCCCGGACAAAGAGGUCCAUCAGGUGAACCAGGUGUUGAUGGACUCCUGCUCUCAGUAGGCUCUCCAGGGUCUCAAGGAUCUCCUGGAGACCCGGGAGUCAUAGGGCCUCCAGGCCCAAAGGGAUUAAAAGGAGACCUAGGAAUCCCUGGAGGGCCAGGUCCAGAUGGUGUACCAGGUUCACCCGGUAACAAAGGAGUUAAUGGAGAGCCAAAUUACUAUGGAUAUGGACUACCUGGACCAGUAGGACAAAAGGGUGAACCAGGAUCAAUUAAUCCUCAUGUGAUGAAGGGUCAGAAAGGAGAACCUGGUUCUUUUGGACCUUUAGGUUUACCAGGAAACCAUGGAGCCAAAGGGAACCCAGGGCCUGUUGGUCAAAAUGGGUCACCAGGCUAUCAAGGGCCUGAGGGUUCAGAUGGACCUCCAGGAAGCAAAGGGCAGUUAGGACCCAAUGGACCAGCUGGUGAACCAGGGCCACAAGGCGUCAGUGGUUAUCAAGGUCCUAAAGGCAAUCAGGGCCGCGAUGGCAUCCCUGGACCGCCGGGGCCGAAAGGAGACACUAAUAUAUCAGGAGGGACAUCUGGUAGGCGUGGUAAAACAGGUCAACAAGGUCCCUCCGGGAGCCCUGGUCCCCUCAGCUUGUCUCUUCCAGGGGGUCCUGGACCAAUAGGUGAUAGAGGAAUUCGAGGUUCACCUGGAGCCACUGGUCUGAAAGGACUACCAGGAAGAGAAGGAGCAUGUGUUCCUGGGUCAAAAGGAGACCGUGGCUAUCCGGGCAAUCCUGGUAGCCCAGGCAAUCGUGGCUUACCUGGUCAUCCAGUUCCAACAAUGCCAGGGUUUAAAGGAGACAAAGGGUACCCAGGUUUUACAGGUGGCCCGGGCUCUAGUGGACCCAUAGGAGAAUCAGGCCACCACGGACGGACUGGUCCAAGAGGCAUACCUGGGCGCCCAGGUCCAAGAGGGGAUUCUGGUCCUCCUGGAAUCUAUGGAAACCCAGGUGGCAAGGGAGACCCUGGAUACAUCCCAGGCCCUCCUGGUCAAUCUGGGGUAAAAGGCUCUCCUGGAUGUCCUGGCAACAAAGGUCAACCUGCAGUGGUCGGGGUGAGGUAUGAACCAGGACUUUCUGGCCCACCGGGUCCCCCUGGCAAUCGCGGAUCCCCAGGGAGCACAGGGCCAUCAGGACCAACAGGCCAACCAGGUCAACAGGGCAUCAAAGGACAGCGUGGCUCCAACCCAAGCGGCCAGCCCGGAUUUACUGGCCACAAAGGGGACCAAGGAAGAUCAGGACUGCCAGGUCAAGCAGGAAGACCUGGUAACCCAGGCAACAAGGGCCCUCCAGGGCGGCCAGGCGAAGGGGGUCCGAGUUAUUUUGACAGUUUUCUGAUUGCCAGACACAGCCAGAAAACCAGCAUCCCUGAAUGCCCUAAUGGCACUACCUUCAUCUACUCUGGUUACUCUUUCCUCUUCAUCAACGGAAAUGAGAGAGCUCAUGGUCAGGACCUUGGCACCACAGGAAGCUGUCUACCUCGUUUCACCACCAUGCCCUUCCUGUUUUGUGACACCGAAUCAACCUGCCGCUAUGCUUCUCGUAACGACUACUCCUACUGGCUGUCCACUGACACUGCUUUGCCCGCCAACAUGGUUUCCAUCACAGGGGAUAGACAGGCCUCCUUUAUCAGCAGGUGCUCAGUGUGUGAAAGCACAUCCAAUGUCAUAGCCGUCCACAGCCAGACAGUUCUGAUACCUGAAUGUCCCCAAGGCUGGGAGUCACUAUGGAAAGGAUACUCAUUUGUCAUGCAAACGGGAGCCGGAGCAGAUGGCUCCUCCCAGCCGCUUGUUUCUCCUGGCUCGUGUCUGGAAAGUUUCCGCCAAGUUCCCUUCAUAGAGUGUCAUGGCAGGGGAACGUGUAACUACUACCCUGAUUCCUAUAGCUACUGGCUGGCCUCAAUAGACCCUAACAGCAUGUUCAGUAAACCUGUUCCUCACACAGUGAAGGGACCGUCUCUACAAAGUGUCAUUAGCCGUUGUCAAGUUUGUAGGAAACCAUGGCAACCAACAGAUGGCAAACGUGGGGACAAUUAACAUUGGCUAUCUUACUCUUCAAUGUCAUUUGACAUAUGAAAAUAAUGACAAAUUUGACACAACUGUUUAUGCAAUUUGAAGUGUGCAUAUCUGUUUGUAUCACUGGUGCUUUCAAGUAACACAAGUCUGUAUAUCGGUCUGAAUUAAACAGCAAUUUUAAGCAAAUUUAAAACAAGUUUUAAUAUUGGGUGUCUUAUAAUCUCUGAUGUAGUGUAUAUUAGAAUUAAUGCGUGUCAUGAUACACAUAGAAACUGUGUUGUUCCAUCUCUAUAUAAUUAAAUCUGUGAUAAACUAUAACCUUAAGAGCAGCUGGUAAUAGCAGUGAUUAAGGUAUUACUUGUUGAUGUGUUAGUAAUACUAGUACAGCAGCACUAAUUCAUCCUAUAUGUGUGUUUAUUCUCACUGAAAUAUUCAGUUUUACUUGACAUGCUUGACAUAAUAAAGGUAGCCAUCUGGGACCUGGACAAGCCUCUAAUGACUGAGAAAUAAUCGACGUGUUUAUACUUUGCUGAUGUCAGUGAAUGACGUAAAAGGUAUGAUGUCACGGACAGAUUACACGCAUGUUCCUAAACUGGCGAGGCAGUAUGUAGUAAAUCGCUUUGGAAUGAUUGCGUUGUCGUGUUUUCAAACCCACAUAUUGAGUCAUUUAUGCCCUCUAAAAGCAUUUCUUUGAUUUGCUUAGCAAGUGAAAUGAUGCAUUGAAUAGAUUAAACUUUAUCACUCACACUGCCUGCAACUUUCUCCAAUCCAUUUCUAAAUUGACUGUCAGGAGGCUGUCUGUGUGCCUUCGGGACAAAAAUGCACAUUAAGGUAUCAAUUUAUUUUGCAUUAAAUCUUUCUCAUUUUAAAUUGUCAAUUGAAGUAAUAAAAAUACAAUACAAAAUAAGGAUUAUUUUAAUGAAAUGUUAAUCUCCCUGUUUAUUCCACAGGGGGCCAUUGAUUUGAAACAGCCUGUUUUUAAACUAAUCCAACUAAUUAUCUGUCCAGAAUAGCCAGCAAACAUCUUAUUUCUCUGCAGUAUUCAUUCAGAAAAGUAUCAGCAGAGGAAUAGGUCCCUUAGGAACGGCCAUUCAAACUCUCUCAUCCAUAUCUGUCACUCUGAUCAAUACAUGCAAACGUUCCAUAUAACUAGAUGCAAAAAGUACAACACCCUUUGACAACACUGGUUUUAA